AUGGAAGACAUUGAGGACUUGUUGGCCGGCGGCACCGGCGGAGCGCCGCCGGGUUUCCGUCUGGUGGUUCCAGCUGCCGUAGGUGUCAAGCCAAGGAAGAAGCCUUUGCAAGAUUCUCUCAAGAGCAACGAUACAGCUAAAAUCCCUGGCACUCAGACAAUCUACAUGAAAACUUUCGGCUGCUCACACAAUCAGAGUGAUAGUGAAUAUAUGGCGGGGCAGCUUUCUGCAUUUGGAUACAGUUUAAGCGAAAAUCAGGAUGAAGCCGACCUAUGGCUGAUUAACACCUGUACAGUUAAGUCUCCCAGUCAGUCUGCCAUGGAAACACUUAUAACUAAAUGUAGGAAAUCAAAGAAGCCUCUUGUCGUUGCCGGAUGUGUUCCUCAAGGAAGUCGUGAUCUAAAGGAGCUUGAAGGAGUGAGCAUAGUUGGAGUGCAGCAAAUUGAUCGAGUGGUAGAAGUCGUUGAGGAGACCCUGAAAGGACAUGAGGUGCGGCUUUUGACUCGGAGGACAUUACCAGCACUUGAUCUCCCAAAGGUUCGAAGAAACAGGUUUGUCGAGAUACUUCCAAUUAAUGUUGGGUGCUUAGGUGCUUGCACCUAUUGCAAAACAAAACAUGCUCGUGGUCAUUUAGGAAGCUACACAGUUGAUAGCCUUGUGGGUCGUGUGAGAACUGUUAUAGCCGAUGGAAUCAGGGAGAUCUGGUUAAGUAGUGAAGACACUGGAGCAUACGGUCGUGACAUUGGAGUUAGUCUUCCAAUUUUGCUAAAUUCUUUAGUAGCAGAGCUGCCUUCGGAUGGCAGCACAAUGCUCCGAAUUGGAAUGACUAAUCCUCCUUAUAUUCUGGAGCACUUGAAAGAGAUAGCUGAGGUUUUGCGCCAUCCUUGUGUUUAUUCAUUUCUUCACGUACCAGUUCAGUCAGGAAGUGACACCAUCUUGACUGCGAUGAACCGGGAGUAUACUGUGGGUGAAUUUAGAACGGUGGUUGAUACAUUAAUUGAACUAGUUCCUGGGAUGCAGAUAGCCACAGAUAUUAUAUGUGGAUUUCCUGGGGAAACUGACGAAGAUUUUGAACAGACCGUCAAGCUGAUCAAGGAGUACAAUUUUGCUCAAGUUCACAUAUCACAGUUUUAUCCUAGGCCUGGAACACCUGCUGCAAGGAUGAAAAAAGUUCCCAGUAACGUUGUAAAGAAACGUAGCCGUGAGUUGACUACUGUGUUCGAGUCAUUUACACCGUAUAUCGGGAUGGAAGGCAAAAUAGAGAGGAUAUGGAUUACCGAAGUAGCCACGGAUGGAACACACUUGGUGGGCCACACAAAGGGAUACAUUCAAGUGCUAGUGGAUGAGCCUGAAAGCAUGUUGGGUUCUUCAGCUAUGGUCAAGAUAACUUCCGUAGGAAGAUGGUCGGUUUUUGGAGAGGUGAUUCAGAUCCUAAACGAAACCGCGCAUUUUCCUAUGAAACAUGACUCUGCAGAAGAAAACUCGUGUUUGAAAGAAACCUGCUGUUCAAAAGAGGCUGAAACAUGCGCCUGUGGACAAACCGAACAGGAAACUGUUUUCGGCACAAAGGAUGUCCAAAAGCCGAGAGAAAGCAGAAGCCAAAAUCUAGUAGGAUGGUUUUUAAGGAAGCGGAAGAACAUUAGUUCUUGUAGGACGAUAGAGAAUGAGAGAAAACCGGAACUGGAUGAGAAGCAAGAAACCUCUAGACAGGUUCAUGACUGGAGUUCGGUUGAUAAAGCCCUUCUUAUAGGAAUAGUUGUGAGCUUAUUGACAAUAAUUGCUAUGCUUUGUAUUUGGAUCUACAGAUUUCUCUAG